CUCAAAGCUCAGAACUGAGAGUCGAUCUUUCACCACUGGAAAACAGUUCAAUGCAACAAUGAAAAGAGAAGUUCAUUUGAGCAGUUCGUUUGGGAGUUUUCAAAUUUCAGUAGCUACCUCUACUCGAUAAGUUCCUGCAAGAUUCUGAUGAUAAGGUGUGCUUGUUUCGAUUCACAGGAUUUGUGUAUGUUUGAUUUCCGACGUUCGUUUUAAAUUCAAUCAUGACCACCAAUUUUUGAGAUCUGUUUGAUUAAAUUUUUGGAUUUGGUGGCAAUCUAUGCAUUUAUAUUCUCGAUUAUUGAAUUCUAUAUGAAUUUUGUGGUAUGAAAGAUUGAUUGCCCUAUGCUAAGAAGGAGCCGACGUUGUACGGAACCUCAGAGCUCGUUGAGCUUCUUUUUCCUUUUCUGAAAAGAAUGGCUGGUUUGGAUUCGAUAUGCUGCGAGACGAAUCUAUUUCUCCAAAGUGUAUUUGCUAUUGUCGUAAAAGGUCAUUGGAAGCACCUCUUGAAGCCCAAGAUAAGUUCUAGCCUGACAUCGAUAUCCAUCCACCAGAUUCUCCUCCAGCUAUCGUUUUAUUGUUCAGGUCCUUCACUUUCUUGGGCGUUUUUCAAGUGGGUUGAGUUGAUUCCUGAUUACAAACACUCUUUACAAUCCUCAUGGACCAUGAUAUGCAUUCUCACAGAGCACAAACAUUUCAGAACUGCACAAAAUUUGGUUGAAAAGAUUGCACAUAAGGAUUUCAUAUCCUCCCCAUCGGUUUUAAAUGCUUUGGCAACCACCUAUGAUAAUUCUGAUGUCAAUGCACAUAUUUUGAGCUGGUUAAUGAUAAUAUAUGUAAAUUGCAAGAUGUCCCAGGAUGCUAUUCAGGUUCUAGAAUAUAUGAGGCUUCAUGGAUUUAAGCCUCAUUUGCAUGCUUGUACUGUGCUUUUAAAUUCCUUGGCAAAGGAUAGGUUAACCGACUUGGUAUGGAAGAUUUAUAAGAAAAUGGUUCGAAUUGGAGUUGUUCCUAACAUUCAUAUAUACAAUGUGCUAAUUCAUGCUUGCUGCAAGUCUGGGGACGUUGAAAAGGCUGAACAACUAUUGAGUGAAAUGGAAUUGAGGUUUGUUUCCCCUGAUCUUUACACAUACAACACGUUGAUAUCUUUGUAUUGUAAAAAGAGUCUGCAUUAUGAAGCUUUGUGUGUUCAAGAUAGAAUGGAAAGGGGAGGAGUGAGCCCUGACAUUAUAACAUAUAAUUCCCUUAUAUAUGGGUUUUGUAAAGAGGGUAGGAUGAGAGAGGCUGUAAAGCUUUUUCGUGAAAUUAAGGAUGUUUCUCCCAACCAUGUUACAUACACCACGUUAAUUGAUGGAUAUUGUAGAGUAAAUGACCUUGAAGAAGCACUAAGAUUAUGUAAGGUGAUGGAAGCGAAGGGUUUGCAACUUGGGGUUGUGACUUAUAAUUCAAUUCUCCGUAAGUUAUGCGAGGAAGGCAGGAUAAGGGAUGCAAAUAAACUCUUGAAUGAGAUGGGUGAGAGGAAAGUUGAACCGGACAAUGUCACUUGUAACACAUUAGUUAAUGCUUACUGCAAAAUAGGAGAUAUGAAAUCUGCAUUGAAGGUGAAGAGCAAAAUGUUGGAUGCUGGACUGCAGCUCGACAGCUUCACGUACAAGGCGCUGAUUCACGGAUUUUAUCGAGUAAGAGAUAUGGAAAGUGCCAAAGAGCUCUUAUUUGUCAUGCUUGAUGCAGGAUUAUGUCCCGGUUAUUGUACAUAUUCAUGGCUAGUUGAUGCUUAUUGUAAACUAGGAAAUGAAGGAGCUAUCAUAAGUCUACUUGAUGAGUUUUUGACAAGAGGUCAUUGUGUUGAUUUAUCAGUUUAUAGGGCACUAAUAAGAAGGUUGUGUCACAGAGAAAGAGUUGGUUUUGCUGAACAAAUAUACAGCACCAUGCAACAGAAAGGUAUAUCAGGAGACAGUGUGAUAUAUACAAGCCUGGCAUAUGCUUACUGGAAAGAGGGGAAGUCGAAUCUUGCUUCAGAGAUGCUGCAUGAAAUGGCUAAAAGAAGACUAAUGGUAACCCUCAAGAUUUAUAGAUGUUUCAAUGCUUCUUAUGGAUGCGACAACCGAAUCUUGAAUCUAUUUUGGGAUCAUGUUUCAGAGGGAGGCUUACUGUCUAAGAGCAUCACCAAGGAAAUACAAAAAAUGAACUUGCAAACUGGUUGAUCAAAACCUUUGCUAUUGCUAAUUAGAAGAUAUGCAUUGGUUCACAUCAGCAUGGAUUGUUGAGCCAAUUCUAGUAUGAGAGGACCACUGUUAGAUGCAUUCCUUCGAUAGCCAGGGUUUCCGCCUAUUUCAAUUGAUCAGUCGUCGGUCAGUAAUCUUGUACUCUCGACUGAUUUAGCUUGCUUACCAAGCCACCCACUUGAGAAGCUAGUCGCCAGAAAGAAAAGAAGCGAGAGGAAGAAAGCUGUCGUAGAAGCAAAGUUUCCCCUGCAGUCGUAGUACUCAACUCGUCCCUACUUUGAUUCAAAAAGUCUCCGACGGUUCUCCACUUUCUCCAGUUUCUGCAACCGUAAUCAUUUGUCACUCCCAUUAUUUCAUCCAUCAACCUUUUUUUCUCAUUUCACGGGGUGAACCAAUAUUGGUUCAAGAACCACUCCACUGUGCGGACCCAUGACUUACAAACACUAAAACUUACGAUCAGUUAGAUCAAAGGAAAAAAGUUUAGAAAAUGAGCAUCAUGAUCAUAUCAGGAAGGGACAGGGUUUAUUACUCUAUCAGUUGUCGAUCCCAGCAGGAUGUCGAGAGGGUAUUAUGCGAUUUCAUACAUUGCCUCGUUCAGUUGAGCUUUGCAUUUGCAUCUCUCCAGGUACUACCAUUCUUCAUGACUUUGUUGUGCCUUUUUGUAUAGAUGAUUAAAAGUUAGCUAUGAAGUAUAGACUUCCGUACGCCGACAAUGUAGGUUCAUGUUGAACGUGGAUAUAUCCGAACACGCCCCAAACAUGUGUUGGAAGGAUUAAUGGACGAUCCGAACUAAAUUCAAAGUAAUUGUCACCAGAACAUUUACUACAAUUGGUAAGAAGAACAAGACUGCUUAGAAAAGAACUUUAGAUAGGAAAUUUCUUUCCAAUUGAAAAUGGAAGAAAAUAGAAUGGUUUUGGUCUAAUUCUAUUC